CUCUCCCUCCCUCUCUCUCUCUCUCUCUCUCUCUCUCUCUCUCUCUCUCUCUCUGUCUCUCUCUCUCUCUCUCGUUCCAUAAGUUUUCAUUUUGUUUUGUGCUGUGAUGGCUCUCUGGCUCGCCGUGACCAUCUCGGCUCUCGUGCUGGUGAAAGCUGAACCAAUCAUCAAUCAGACCACUGCCACCACACCUCUCUACCAGACCAGCACCUCUAGUCCCUGUUCCUGCCUCGAUGCCAAGCCCACGACCCCAACCCCCCAGACCCCCAAGCUCUCCCUGGGCUUCAUAAGAGUCCAGUGGAAGGGCAAAACCUGUAAAGGAGACGUCGUCCUGUCCCGUCUCUCCUCCCCGAACUCCACCUUGCCGCUCUGUCAUGAUAAUUUGGAAAAAAUCCAACAUCUCUUGUCGGGUGUGUGUGAGCGGAUGAAGGGAUGUAGAGGCAACCUGAAGUGGAAAGAAGGUGAGGAGACGAUAGAGGGGCUGAGGGUCUCUGAGGAUCAAGGAGAGGAGCCUGUCAGCUGCCGAACGCUGACGGUGGACUGUGGAGAUCUAAAGGAGUCCUCGGUGACUCCAGAACCAAAGGGGGGGUCUGGAGGCUACAAAGUAGCAACAGCUCUGUUGUGUUUGCUGCUGGUGGCUCUUCUGCUCAUCCGCUUCGCCAAGCCUACAGUCAAAGCCCUGCAGAGAAGAUUGUCAGACAGGAGACAGAGCCGCUGGAUUGGACCUACACAGAGUCAGAGUGUUUCCUACCAUCGAGGGAAAGCUGCAGCUCAGAACAACGAUGGAGACAAGAGACUGUCAUACCCUGCUCUGGAGCGGCUGACGGUCAGCACCAGCAGAGAGCCUUCAUCCAACAGGAACAGCGACUACAACUACUGACACGCCUCCGGCAUCAUCCUCACCACCAGGGGCGCCAGCGGCUUCAACGAACCCAUCGCCUGCUCACCAGAUAUGAGUAAUUUAUUCUGACAAACACCAAGUCUAAGUGCCUUUAAUGGAAUGAACUGUUCUCAGGCUGCAGAGUAGAGGAACUUUCAUGUGUUUACCAAUGAACCACUGAGCCAAUCAUUCAGGAUCAUCACAGGUGGCCAAUAUGGGACAAUACAGACAGUAAUAAUAAUAUAAUGACUGAUUUUCAUGGUGUGUGCUUCCAUUGGUAGUAUCACAUAAAAAUGACAAUAUCUAUAUUUCCAUGGAUGUAGUGGAUAUAAAUCCAUCUGAAACUCGGUGUGCAGAUGGGUUUAAAAAACCAAAUCAGUCCCUCUGAAAAUAUUUAUUCUGCCCUCCUUUUGACUCACCACUACACCACUGCUCACAUUCUCACCCCCACCUUCAUCAUUGCGUCAUCAUCAUCGCCAUAUUUUGAAAUUACACCGAGGCCAUCCACAGGAUAUUGAUUCUGUUACAUCUUGUGAUGUUUUGUGUGAUGUUACACUUUUACAUGGCAUUCAUUGUCAUAUUUCCUUUGUUGAUUAUCAUUGUGUUAUGCGUGCGAUUUCUGUAAAAUAUUUGGAGUGUUUCAUUUCCUAAGAAAUAAAGUUUUCUGUUUGAGUUCAGUUACAGGCUGUGAAGUAGGUGAAUGGAAACUUUUGGAAAGUUUCGGGAGGAGAGAGACGAAGGCAGAGUGCGAGGGGGAGAGAGUGAGAGAC